AAUAAAUUCUUUAUAUUGUUAACAUUAGAUGAACCAAAUGGGGACAAGAAUAUUUUCUUUCAUGAGACAUCUUGUUUUGAUAAAAAUGGUUUGAUACUGAAUGCUCGCCAAGCAUGCGCCAUUGAAUCCGCAGCUAAAAUGAAUCCAAAUAUGAAUGUGUAUCUGCUAUUCCUUUCUCCUUCUAAAAUUUCGAAACAAUCAAAAAAAAUAUUUGAACAAUUACAAGCUUAUCCGAAUAUUCGUAUCAGACGUGUUAAAUUCCAAAAUUAUGUAAAAAACACACCUCUGGAUGUAUGGUACAAAAUGGAUAUACUAAAGAAAAGUAAAUGGCCAAGAAUUCAAAUGGCUGAUAUUCUAAGAUUUCUAACACUUUGGAAAUAUGGAGGAAUAUAUUUGGAUCUGGAUGUUGUUGUUAUCAGACAUGACAUAUAGGGAUCCACGAAUCAAAUUGAAGCAAAAAUAAUGAAGAAAAUAUGAUGUCGUAAGCAAAAGAUAUUUUAAAAUAGAUAUAAGUGAAAUUAUAUAUUUAUU